AUUACAGAGUUGUCUCCCAAGGAACUUUCUGGCGCUAAUAUGGAUAAUCUUGAAGUCAAAUUGGCUCGUCGCCGUCUUUUACGCAGAGCCAGGCGCCAUUUAGACUUAUUCUUCAAUCCAUCAAAUUCUUCUUAUCCUUCCAUGGAUGAUGAGGAAAUUAGAGCACGUUACCUCACAGCAGCUCCAAAGAAUAUGCAUAUUAAUCAGGCUUUGAAAAAUCGCAUUCAGGUAGGUGAUGUAAUAAUCCGAAUCAUUCCUUGA